GAGCUCCUUUACAUCGAAAACACAUCUCCACGACCGUCCUCCGCAGCCUCCCCACAUUCUCUCAUUUCCUAAUUGCGCGCUUCCGGCGUCCUGCUUCUGGGUCUAAUUGUGCCUUUUCCCUUCGAUACCCCUGUUCGCCGCCUGCUCUCUCACCAAGAGUGAGCUCAGAGCUGCCCCGGCGCAAACAUGUCUCAACGACCUAUCCCGCUGCAUGUCACGCAGCCGACGCUGCUCACAAACCUGAACAUCCUCCCAGCAUCAAUAUCAUGGCAGAACUGCACGCUCGAGUCGGACAAGUACGUCUGCGUGCGCCAGCAGAAUAACGACUCCAACACGCCCGCCGAGACCGUCAUCGUCGACCUCAAGAACACAAACAAUGUCAUCCGGCGGCCAAUCCGCGCUGAUAGCGCCAUCAUGCAUCUGACAGAGCCCAUCAUUGCUCUCAAGGCGCAGGGAAAGACGCUGCAGCUCUUCAAUCUCGAGACCAAGCAGCGCCUGCAGACAUAUACCCACCACGAGGACAUCCAGUUCUGGCGGUGGAUCAGCCAGACCACCCUGGCGCUUGUCAGCACAAAGUCGGUGUACCACUGGGAUGUGCUCGACGGCAGCAACCCACCCACCCCGCGCAAGAUCUUCGAUCGCCAGGAGCAGUUGGAGAACAACCAAAUCAUCAACUACGUGACCAACGACGAUGAGAGCUGGUCAUGCUUGGUUGGUAUCGCGUCGCACCCAACCGGAGGCAUCCGGGGUAACAUGCAGCUGUUCUCCAAGGCGCGAAACGUCAGCCAGCCGCUCGAGGGUCAUGCUGCCACAUUCGGGACGCUCCGCCUGGAUGGCGCCACCUCCGACACGAAGCUCUUCGCGUUCGCAGUGAAGUCAACCACCGGAGAGGCCAAGAUCAACAUUGUCGAGGUCGACCACAACGCUGCGAACCCCGCCUUCCCGAAGCGCCUGAUCCCGAUUCACUGGCCUGCCGAGGGCACUGGUGACUUCCCUCUGGGAAUCCACAUUGCGCACAAGUACGGCAUCCUGAUCGUAGUCACCAAGUUUGGUUUCAUCCAUCUGCACGAUCUCGAGACCGGUACCGCGCUCUUUUUGAACAGGAUAUCGGAAGAGACGGUCUUCACAACCGCACGCGACGACGACGGAAAGGGUGUAGUGGUGAUCAACAAGCGCGGACAAGUUCUGCACACCACCAUUCGGGAAGAUGCGCUCAUCCCGUACAUCAUGGACAACCCCGCAUGCUCGGAGAUUGCGUACAAGCUUGCGUCAAAGGGCGGGCUUCCCGGCGCUGACAACCUGUACCAGCAGCGAUUCGAGACUCUCAUGAACCAGGCAAACUACACCGAGGCCGCCAAGGUCGCUGCCAACUCGCCGCGUGGCUUCCUCCGUACCCCUCAGACGAUCAACCGGUUACGGCAGAUCCCAGCCCAGCCGGGCCAAAUUACUGUGCUUCUGCAGUACUUCGGGCAGCUGCUUGAUAAGGGUGGAUUGAACAAGGACGAGACGCUCGAGUUGGCCCGCCCAGUCUUUGCGCAGGGCCGGAAACACUUGAUCGAGAAGUGGCAGAAGGAGGGCAAGUUGCACUGCUCCGAGGAGCUCGGAGACCUGGCUAAGCCGCACGACCUCAACCUCGCUCUUGCGAUCUACAAGGAGGCCAACGUUCCCCAGAAGACUGUCGCUGCGCUCGCGGAGCUUGGCCAUUUCGAUCUGAUUCUCCAGUAUUGCCAGUCCGUCGGAUACAACCCAGAUUACAAUGUGCUGCUCCAGCAUAUCGUCAGGGUAAACCCAGAGAAGGGAGCCGAAUUCGCCUCCAGCUUGGCCAAGCAUGAAGGGGGACCCCUCAUCAGCGUGGACCGGGUGGUCGACAUCUUCCAGUCCCAGGGUAUGAUUCAGCAGGCAACCGCAUUCUUGCUUGAUGUACUAUCGAACAACCUGCCCGAGGAAGGCCACCUACAGACUAAACUCCUUGAGAUGAACCUGCUCAACGCACCCCAGGUGGCGGACGCUAUCCUCGGAAAUGAGAUGUUUUCCCACUACGACCGCGCUCGUGUUGCCACUCUCUGCGAGCAGGCUGGACUCCUGACCCGCGCGCUCGAGCACACGGACGACACCGCGGCUAUCAAGCGCAUGAUCGUGCAGACCGACAAGAUCCCUGAGGAGUGGUUGAUCAACUACUUCGGCCAGUUAACUGUCGAGCUUUCCCUGGAGAGCUUAGAUCAUAUGCUCACAACCAACAUUCGGCAAAACCUCCAGGCUGUGAUUCGCAUCUCCCAAAAAUACUCCGAUCUUCUUGGUGCUACUAGGAUCAUUGACUUGCUCGAGAAGCACCGCACUGCCGAGGGUCUGUACUUCUUCUUGGGUUCCAUCGUCAACGUUAGCGACGAUCCUGAUGUCACGUUCAAGUACAUCGAGGCUGCUACGACUAUGGGCCAGCUGAAUGAGGUCGAGCGUGUGUGCCGUGAAUCCAACGCUUAUAACCCUGAGAAGGUGAAGAACUUCCUCAAGGAGGCUAACCUCACAGAGCAGCUGCCGCUCAUCAUCGUGUGCGACCGAUUCAACUUCAUCCACGACUUGGUCCUGUACCUGUACAAGAAGCAGCAGUUCAAGUCGAUUGAGGUGUACGUGCAGCGCGUGAACCCCUCCAGGACCCCGGCUGUCAUAGGUGGAUUGCUCGACGUUGACUGUGACGAGAGCAUCAUCAAGGGUCUGCUCGCAUCGGUCACCCCUUCAUCCAUCCCCAUUGAUGAGCUCGUUGCCGAAGUGGAGUCUCGCAACCGUCUGAAGCUUCUGCUGCCGUUCCUUGAGCACACUCUUGCGGAGGGCAACCAGCAGCAGGCUGUGUACAACGCUCUGGCCAAGAUCUACAUCGACAGCAACAACAACCCAGAGAAGUUCCUCCAGGAGAACGACCAGUACGACACGCUGGUUGUCGGCAAAUACUGCGAGAAGCGUGACCCGAACCUCGCGUUCAUUGCCUACAGCAAGGGCCAGAACGAUCUCGACUUGAUCAACGUCACCAAUGAGAACUCCAUGUUCAAGGCACAGGCCCGCUACCUGCUCGAGCGUGCUGAUGGCGAAGUCUGGGACUAUGUACUGAGCCCCAACAACAUGCACCGCCGUUCUUUGGUCGACCAGGUCACAUCCACCGCGGUCCCUGAGUCGACUGACCCCGACAAGGUCAGCAUUGCUGUCAAGGCCUUCAUCACAGGCGACAUGCCUGCCGAGCUCAUCGACCUCCUUGAGAAGAUCAUCUUGGAACCUUCGACCUUCUCCGACAACCCUUCGCUCCAGAAUCUCUUGAUGCUUACGGCCGCCAAGUCUGACCGUGGCCGCAUGAUGGGUUACAUCCACCAGCUCGAGCAAUACACGCCCGAGGACAUUGCUCAGCAAUGUAUCGAGGUUGGUAUGUACGAGGAGGCGUUCGAGAUCUACAAGAAGCACGAGCAACACGUCGAUGCUGUGAACGUUCUUAUUGAGCACAUUGUCAGCAUUGACCGCGCACAAGAAUAUGCUGAUCGUGUCGACCUUCCCGAGGUUUGGAGCCGGGUAGCCAAGGCUCAGCUUGAUGGUCUGCGUGUAACAGACUCCAUCGAAUCCUACAUUCGCGCCAGCGACCCUUCCAACUUCUUGGAAGUGAUCGAGAUUGCCACGCACGCUGGCAAGGAUGAAGAUCUCAUCAAGUUCCUGAGGAUCGCCCGCAAGACCGUUCGCGAGGUUCCCAUCGACACAGCAUUGGCAUUCUGCUUUGCCCGCACGAACCAGCUACCCGAGCUUGAGGACUUCCUCCGCGCCACGAACGUUGCCGAUGUUGAAGCCUCCGGUGACAAGGCGUACGAGGAAGGUUACCACGAGGCUGCCAAGAUUUUCUACACCAGCAUCUCGAACUGGGCCAAGCUUGCCACCACCCUGGUCCACCUUGAGGACUACCAGGCUGCUGUAGAAUGCGCCCGCAAGGCAAACAGCGUCAAGGUCUGGCGUCAAGUCAAUGAGGCCUGUGUUGCUAAGAAGGAAUUCCGUCUUGCUCAAAUUUGCGGUCUUAAUCUCAUUGUUCACGCUGAAGAGCUGACCGAUCUCGUCAAGCAGUAUGAGCGCAACGGCUACUUCGAUGAGCUCAUUGCGUUGUUGGAGGCUGGCCUUGGUCUAGAGCGUGCCCACAUGGGUAUGUUCACCGAGCUCGGCAUCGCUCUCACCAAGUACCACUCGGAACGUGUCAUGGAGCACCUUCGCCUCUUUUGGAGUCGCAUUAACAUCCCCAAGAUGAUCCGUGCCACCGAGGAAGCCCACUUGUGGCCGGAGCUGAUCUUCUUGUACGUCCACUACGAUGAGUGGGACAACGCUGCGCUCGCUAUGAUGGAGCGCGCGGCGGACGCCUGGGAGCACCAGUCGUUCAAGGACACCAUCACCAAGGCCUCCAACGUCGAGAUCUACUACCGCGCGCUUGGCUUCUACCUCGAGGAGCAACCUACUCUUCUGACCGAUCUCCUUCAAGCACUUACUGCUCGCAUCGAUGUCAACCGUGUCGUCCGCAUGUUCCUAAAGUCGGACAACAUUCCUCUGAUCAAGCCUUUCCUGCUCAGCGUCCAGUCCCAGAAUAAGCGUGAGGUCAACAAUGCGCUCAACGACCUCUUGAUCGAAGAGGAAGACUACAAGACACUUCGCGACUCGGUCAACAACUAUGACAACUACGACGCGAUGGACCUUGCUCAGCGCUUGGAACGACACGAUCUGGUCUUCUUCCGUCAGAUUGCAGCCAACAUUUACCGCAAGAACAAGCGAUGGGAGAAGUCGAUUGCUCUGUCGAAGCAGGACAAGCUUUUCAAGGACGCCAUCGAGACUGCCGCAUUGUCUGGCAAGACCGAUGUGGUCGAGGACCUGCUGCGCUACUUCGUCGACAUUGGCAGCCGCGAGUGCUACGUCGGCAUGCUCUACGCGUGCUACGAUCUUAUUCGCCCCGAUGUCAUUCUUGAGAUCUCGUGGCGCAACAACCUCAACGACUUCACCAUGCCUUACAUGAUCAACUUCCUUGCGCAGCAGGCAGCAACGAUCGAGAUGCUGAAGAAGGACAACGAAGAGCGAAAGCAGCGGGAGGCUUCGCAGCAGAAGAAGGAGGAGGACACACCCAUCCUCGGCUCGCGCCUCAUGCUGACCCAGGGCCCCGUCGGAAACGCACCGUCACCCGGCCCGUACCAGCAGCCCAACGGCAUCGCGCCGCAGCCGACUGGUUUCCGGGGAUUUUAGGCGGCUCGGGGAACUCUGGAUGAGAAGAUUAUUGGGUGCGCAUGGGCUUCGUCUACAUAGUUUGAUGUUUUGGCAUGCAAAAGCGAAGCAAUGUGGAACGGGUGCAUAGGUUUGGAGACAACAGGGUCGGAAGCGGGAUGUACUUGUACACGGCGUUUUGGGGUUGCUCUUGAGCAUGCAUGUGCGAUGGGGCGAGCUUGAGGGGAUCUCGGUUGAGAAAUUUUCUCGGAGUGGAAUGUAUUUUAAGACUAAUUUGUUUGCUUCUGUGAGAGCGUGUCUUGCCGGGUUCUGCAUGCGUGUAUAAGUGUGUUGUUAGUGCCGGGACGAAAGGCGGACUGUGCGGAGUAGCAUGGGGUAACAUAGUGCACGUGGGGCUUGUGCCUCGCGCUGCAUGCUGGCCAUGAUAAUCUUAGGUUAUGGAACAGGCUUGGGAGCGUAGGAGCGUAAUGUGGCCAGCUUGAAAA